AUGCGCUGUGGUGGCAGCUUUAUUUACGUGGAUCAGCAGCAACUAUAGCAACGAGUGCCUAUUUCGUUGCGCGUCUCCCAUUUAAAUGUUUCGUUUUGUAAAAUAAACAAAUUGAUUUUGUUUUGAGAAUGGCAAUUUUUGUGUAAUGAGUGAUACGGAUACGGACGAUACGGAUCUAUUGUUGCUGAUACCGCCCAAUUACUACACGAAUACCGCCCAGCGCCUGAUGCUCGAGGCCAAAAUGAGUGCAGCUGCUGAGGCAGCAGAUGCACUUGCCAUGCCACCGCCGCCGCUGCCAGUGGCAACAACAGCUGCCUAUCAGUUUCUGUUGCCUAGCAAAAAGUCGGAGCUGAAUAAAAUAAAUGCGCGACUGCAGAAUUUUGAGCUGGAGCGCGAAGAUGAUCGACGCUUUGAGGCACCAUCGGACAUUUCAACGAUCUCAUCGAGCACAGUGCGCACUGCGCUGGGCGGCAGCCAAGCGCAACGCGAGCUGCACGGCAUGGUGCACUCAACGCCCAAGUGUGGCUCGGUGGAGCCGACACGUCAUCGUCGCUUGGAGGAUAAUAUAUUGCACGAAAUCGACAACUAUCUGGACGAUCAAAAUGCUUGGCAGCAGCAGCUGCCACAACAUCAUCAACACCACAGCGAUGAUUAUUUGCGCUUGCGUGCGUAUGCGGGGCAUGCGCAGGAUUCGCAGACGACGACGGCGGCGACUUCGUUGCCCAGCAUUCGACUGGGUGCAUCGGCAUCGGUGAAUAAUGAGCAGAAGCUAAUCAGUCUCAGCGAGCUGUGGGGCAAGAGUAAUCUGGCAGGCACUGUUAUAGCGAACAAUGUGUCCGCGCUUCACGGAAGUCCAUCGCUGAAGGAGGAGCAGCUGCGCCGUCAGCAUCUGGAGAAAAUGGUACAAACGUUGCAGUCUCAGUUGCUGGAGUAUCAACAGCGCAUUUCGGUGGCCAUCGAAGUGGACCGGUCCAAGGAUGACGCGCUGCAGCAGGCCGAGCAGCAAUUGAAGACGUUAAACUUUGAGGUGCAGCAUCUGCGAGACACGCUGCACCGGCUGGAAACGGAGCGUGCCGACAAUCAUAGUAAAUGCGAUGCACUGCAGCACGAACUGGCCCAGGCAGUGGGCUUGGCCACCAAGUUUCAGGAGAAGACGGAGAUAUUGGAGGCAGAUCUGGAGCGUCAGAAGCGCCAGGCAGGCGAUACAAAGCAGCAACAGGAGCAGCUGGAACUGCAGCUGCAGAGCAGCAAACGAGCCGAAGAACUAUCCCACGCCGAGAUGAACAAGCUGCGCGAUAAGUUCGCCAAGGCGGACUAUCAACAGGAGAAGCUGAAAUCGCGCAUCGAGGAGCUGGAGAAGGAUAAUGGGACGCUGCAACAACAGAAGGAAAUGCUGCAAGAAUAUCACCAAAAGCAAAAAACACGCGCCAACAGCCUCGAAUCGCAGCGCAAAUCUCUGCAGGAGGCGUUGGCCAAUCUGACAGACACCGAGACCCAACUUAAGAAAAAACUGGAAGUCCAACAGAAAUCGUUGAAGCAACACUACCAACAACAAAUGGAGAAUGUGGUGGCCAAAAAGCUGCAAGAGUUCCAGUGUCAGCUGGACAAAUCGGAGGAGCAACUAAAGGCAGAAGCACGCGAACGGGAACGCCUGAUUGCCGAUCGUGCCGUCAAGCAGCUGGAGAUGAUCAACGAGAAGAACAACCAGGAACUGAAUCUCAUACAGGAAAAGCACAACGAGGAGGUGGAGCUGUAUCGACUGCAGCUGGCGAAUGCAUCCAAGAAGAUAGACGAACUGGAGCUCAAGCUCAGCUGCUAUAAAACUAAGCGUGCGGACAUUGCGGAGAAGCUGCACGGUGUGAUGGAGGCGCAGUGGCAACAGGCGCUGGCCAUAUUAACCUCACCCAAUCAGACACUUCAGCUGACUAGCGGCGAGACGGACAGCGAGUCGCCGGAUCUGAACAAUGCGCGUCACUAUCCGGACACGCCCAAGUCAAGUAAAACGACGCAACGCAGCGGCAACACAGAGAAGAACAACUUGGAUGUGGUGGGCAAGAAGGAUCCAGCAUCGCCGAUGGACAAACUGCAGGCAUACAUUGAGCUGCUGCUAAGCAAAUCACCAGGUGAUUUCGAUAAGCUCGACGAGAUUCUCGCCAUGAACGCCAGGCAGGGCGGUAAGCCACAGAAGCGUAAUGCGAGCAACGGAUCCAAACCACCGCCUUGGAAGUCCUGAUAGUUGCAGUUUGGAGGCACUGAUUGAAUUGUGUAUUUAAUAGUUUGAUAGUCUGAAUUUCUAUAUAGCCACAUGUGGUGGCUUCUAUUUUUGUACACAUUUUUACUU